AGGGUCGAUAACGACCAAAAUUAUGACGCAACUUUAAAAUGCAUAGUAACCGCGAACUGUUCAUUGAAUUUUAAUUAUAACGCCAUCUAUGAAUUCUUUAACGUACAAUUAUGAUGCAUGGUACAGUUUUAUUGAAAGUUGACAACUUUUUCUAAUGACAAUUAGGCGUGCAAGUUUAUACAUGUUCAUUUCUGGAAAAAUUUCGCGACUGAUCGGAUGAAAAUGUCUCGUCACGUACUCUCGACACAUGAAAUAGCCGAUGCCCUGGAGGAUUUCGAUGACGAUGAAGAUCUUCAGGGCCUUGAUAUUUAUAUCGAUCCGCCUUGUGAUGGUACCAUGUCGGAUGGCGAUUCAGGUGAAGAAGAUUGUGAUAGCAUAAAUCGAUUGAACCGUCAUCAAUUACUUGCUCCGGCGGAGAUGGUGUUACGACAACGUGAAGAACAUGAUGAAGAAAACAGAACUAUCGAUGAGGUAUUAGUCAGUCCUAGUACUAGUUCUCAAUACCUAGAAACCCUUACACCGGCAGCAGGACCCAGCUCAAACAGGUCACGACGUUCUCGUCAUGUUGAAACCCGGGCUGAUGGAACUUCUUCAGAACGUAGUCAGCAACGGCAGCGCAUCGUCAGGCCCCGCAAAUGGGUAAAGCGAGACCUUCGUUAUCAACAAUGUGAGUGGUCACCUCCACUGCCACGAGCUGUUCUCACACUUACCAAAGAAAGUGAACCAAUAGAAUUCUUUGAAUUAUUUUUUAGUGAAGAUGUUAUAAGGUAUAUAGUCAGACACACCGUAAUGUACGCUGUUGAAAAGCACAAUUAUAAUUUUUGUUUAUCAGGGGAUGAGUUGAGCUGUUUCAUAGGUAUAUUGCUCCUUAGCGGUUACGCGCCUUUACCGAGACGACGUAUGUAUUGGGAAACCAACGAGGAUACCCACAAUGUUUUAGUUGUGAAAUCGAUGCGGCGAAAUCGAUUUGAAGAAAUAUUUAGGUAUUUUCACGUUGCAGACAAUGGUAACCUACGUGCAGGUGAUAAAAUGGCCAAAAUUCGGCCAUUGUUCAACAUCAUGAACAAAAAGUUUCUAAUGUAUGCUCCCAUCGAAAAAAACUUGAGUAUCGAUGAAUCAAUGAUACCAUACUACGGGCGUCAUGGCUGUAAGCAGCACAUUCACGGCAAACCAAUCCGUUUCGGCUUCAAAGCAUGGGUAGCUGCGACUCGCUUAGGAUACUGCUUACAAGCUGAUUUAUACGAAGGAAGAUCUGAAGCGCGAGAAACAGGCCUAGGCGAACAUGUUGUUACCAAAUUGAUGAAUACGGUGAAGACCGAAUACCCUGAAACACUAUUUUCUGUGUAUUGUGACAACUUUUUUACCGCUCCUAGUUUACUUAGCUCUUUGCAAGAAAACAAUGUGAAAAUAACUGGAACUGCUCGCCAAAAUAGGAUAGACAAGUGUCCACUGAUAGAUGCUAAGUCUUGCAAAAAGCAGCCUAGAGGAUUUUAUGAUUAUAGGUUGGACACAAAUGACAACAUCUGUGCUGUACGAUGGAAUGACAACAGCGUGGUGACAUUGUUGUCUAAUGAAUUUGGAGUGCACCCUGUUCAAAAAGCACGUCGAUAUUCAGUUGCUGCUAAACAGAAAAUUGAUAUUGAUCAGCCAAAUGUUGUUCAGCAAUACAACUGAUUUAUGGGUGGAGUAGACAGACUUGAUGCUAAUGUGGGCGUUUACCGGAUUGCCAUCAGAGGAAAAAAAUGGUAUAUGCCCAUUUUGAUGUGGUUGAUAGACGUCGCUGUCAAUAAUGCUGCUUUACUCGCUAGAUCAUACGGGGCAAACGUAGAUACUUUAGAAUUUCGUCGGUCUAUUGCAAGAACAUUACUCCUGAAAUAUGGGAAUAUAAGAUCUCAACCUGGGCCACGUCCGCAAGUGAGAACAAAUGUACCGGUUUCUGUUAGAAAACAUUCAGCUGAUCAUAUUAUUCUGACUGGCCAGGUCAAAAAACGAUGUGCGUUAUGAUAAAAUAAAACAAUCAAAAUGUGUCGCAAAUGUUACGUCAAUUUGCAUGAUAAGUGUUUUGCAGAAUUUCAUUCCUUAUGUCCCCACCAUUUCUUUUUAUUAGUUAGUCAUGUGUUUUUAUAACUGUGUGUUUUUUUAUUUGUUCCUAAUAAAGACUGAUUAACAUUAUUAUAACGCAUUUUUAUUUGGUUGGUACUGAUUUCAUACUAUUGAACGAGUAUAUGUGCCCAUAGGGUCGUUUAUGACCCGCUGAAAAAAAUUAACUUCUCGAACUGAAAACGAAAAUCUACUAGUACUAGCCUUAUAUGUGAUCAUUCAUACAUAACAUACAUAAAUAUUAUAAAAAUCGGUGUUAAAAAAAGUUCUGAGCAUAUAUGGGUUAAGAAAAUAUUUAAUGUUUAUAUUUCUUAAUUGAGUUUUUUUAUUUAGUAUUAUGUUUUACCUUACGUUAAAUUUAAAUUAGGUAAAAAACUUAAACAAAUUGAUUAAAUUUUGAAAUCAUUUGUUAUCACCCACUAUAACAACCCAUGUGUGGAUUGAAAUGGGUUAUUAUUGGGUUUUAACCUACUUGUGGGUUAUAACCCGGGUCAAAACCCAUCUCUAGUCCCAAUUUUGAUUUGUGAAAUCAUGAUCAUGUUAGUGGUCAUUGAUGGAAGGAAAUAAGUCUUCAACUAUAAACGUUUUUAAAGCUUUUGGUACGAUUUGCUGUGUGGUACCGGAUCUUGUUAGGUUUAUUGUCGUCAUUUAAACACUGUUUUACUUCCUUUACACAGAUUCGACACAUCUGUAUAACCUUUUCCGAAGCAUAUACUAACUUUACUCUGUUUUUUUAUGAAUUAAAGUUUUUUCAUUAAUCGAUCCGAGCAAACCUAUUAUAGAUGUUUUGCACAUAAUUUUU